AUGGUAGGCAGUGGUGGUAGUGACUGGUUGAUUGUAGUGGAUGUUUGUAGUGGUGGUGAUUGGUUGAUUGCAGUGGUUGUGUUGAUUGCAACGAUGCAUAACUUAGCAGUGGAUGAAGUUUCAGAAUGGAGAAAUCCUCAAGUUCAAGUUGGAGAUGCUAUCAUUUUCCAGCACAAAUACCAGUACAAUCUCUACAUUUUCCAGAGCCAGAAUGCCUUCAGCCUUUGCAACUUUUCUCAAGCUACACUUCUCACCAAACCCAGUUCAACAUCUUACACCGACGUUGACGAUGGUAUUGGUUAUUGGAAUGCAGGUGCUCGGGUUUUCAUUUUUUCAAAGAGCUUUGAGUUUGAGUUGUCCGAUUUUGCUGAUGACGGACCAGGGGAACAAAAGCUGUACUUGUUUAUUGAGGGCCCUACUGAGCAAUCUGUCAAGAGGGCAAAAGGUGAACUUAAACAUGCCUUGGAGGAAAUAACAAUGCAAGCUUCAUCACUUCCUAGUUCAGCGCAACCUGGCAGAUAUUUGGUUCUUUAA